AGUAACACAGAUAAGGUUCAUAACCUCGCUCUGCUCUUGCACAGAAAUCAAUGAGUUGUGGAAAAUCUGUGAAUACAUCAAAUGAUUUAGCUCUCGUAUGGGAUUAUAAUGAUGAUGGCAAUCAGUGCGCUAUUCAAAAGCAGAUACCUAUGGCUGAACUGGAAUGUGUAAGAACAAUGACUGAAACUGCACCAUGCAUUGGAUCAUUCUCUGCUGUUAAGACACUUUGGGAAGUGAGAAUUCAGAAAAUAAAUGAAGAACUACGGAAGGAAAAGGAAUUCAGGCAGAGGGCUAUAGGCAGACUGACGCUUGUCUGGGAGGAAAGAGUCAGUUUAGCCAAGCUCAAAGAAAAAGUUAUCACUGAAGAUGGAAGAGUUAUAUUAAGGAUAGAACAAGAAGAAUGGAAGAUGUUACCUUCUUGCUUACUGAAACUGAACCACCUCCAGGAAUGGCAGCUUCACAGAAUUAGUUUGGUGAAAAUUCCUGAAUUCAUUGGAAGGUUUCAAAAUCUCAUUGUGCUGGACCUAUCCCGAAAUGCCAUUGAAAAGCUACCUAAAGAGAUUGGCCAGCUGCCUAACCUCCAAGAGCUGCUCCUCAGUUACAACAAAAUUAAAUCUGUUCCGAAAGAGCUAAGUAACUGCAUCAGCCUUGGAAGACUGGAACUGGCUGUGAACAGGGAUAUCUGUGACCUUCCACUUCAGCUCAGUGACCUAAAGAAGCUUUACCAUGUAGAUCUGAGUAUGAACCAAUUUACUACCAUCCCUUCAGCUCUCCUGAACAUGCCAAGUCUAGAAUGGUUAGACAUGGGGAGCAACAAACUUCAGCAACUCCCUGAUACGAUUGACAGAAUGGAGAACCUCCAUACUUUAUGGCUCCAACGGAAUGAAAUAACCCAUUUACCGGAAACCAUCAGUAAUAUGAAAAAUCUGAGUACUCUUGUCCUCAGCAACAACAAACUGCGGGAUAUUCCGGCUUGCAUGCAACAAAUGACAAAUCUCAGAUUUGUCAACUUCAGAGACAACCCACUGGAGCUGCAGGUAACACUUCCCCCAUGCACGAAUACGGAAGAGGAGGAGGAACGGGAAUUGUUUGGGAUUCAGUUCAUGCAUAUGUAUAUUCAAGAGUCACUCAGCAGAGCAGAAAACCUGGACAACUGUAUACCUGUUGCUUCUGACACCAUUAAUGAUGAUGAAUAA